AUGGAAGACCAGAAUGGUGAUGCUUCGCCUGACAAACGGUCACGUUACGUAAUUGGCCAGUCGCGUCACGCUUUCCAAUUUCAAUCUUUCAACUCCAACCUUAUUCAAUUCAUUAAACGAACCCCAACCGCCCCAGAUUCCUACCUAACGUCGAAAUCACCUUUCAUCUCAAGUCUUAGCAGAACAACUAUUCGACUUGCUAGGUAUAUCAGCAUGCCACCAAAACAGUCUACCGGUGCGGGCGGCCGCGAUCGACCAGCCGGGAGCGUUAACAAGUCCAGCGCUGCUGCAAAAACGGCAGCCAACUCGAGUAAACGCGCAACAGCCAAUACCACUACUGGUGCCAACAAGAAGAAGAGAAAAGCCACACUCUCCGACGAGGAGAACGACUCUGGCAGACGGCGAACCCAGCCAGAAGUGGAGGAGGAGGAAGAAGACGAAGACGACGAAGACGACGAAGACGACGAGAGGGAGUCGAUCCCGCCUGAACUACUCUCAAAGAUCGUUCACGAGCUGUUUGAGCACAAGGAAACCAAGAUCACCAAGGACGCUAACAAUGCUCUGUCGGGGUAUAUGGAUGUUUUUGUGAGGGAGGCGAUCGCGCGAGCAGCUGCGGAGAGGAAGGGGGUUUUUUUGGAGGUGGAAGAUUUGGAGAAGGUGGCGGCGCAGUUGAUUUUGGAUCUUUGA